UAACUAUACGCACAAAAUGCGACCAGCAGAACCAGCUCCGAGACAGGCAGGUGGCACACUUUCCUUCUCUGUUCCUUGUCCAGUUCAACUCUGGUACGCUGUGACAACAACUAGCCCUGUUUUCUGCCUAGAAGAGUGCAUUGUCCCUGCUGUUUCUUCUGUGGAGAGCGUACCGCUAACAAAGGCAAAACAGCUUUUGGUCGUGGCAGUGAGCUAAUCUCAUCAGUGGCUGUAGAUCUGACGACCUCUUGUGGACAAUGGCUACAAUCGGCGUUCUCAUGCUGCUGUUGAUUGCGUGUGAAGUGUGUACAACUGGUGCAGCAUGGGCAAAAUGCGUUGCGAUUAACCGCGACAUGCAGUUUAUACGAUCGCGCACAUCAUGGUUGUCUGCCGAACAAGACUGUCAACGACGUGGUGGUCACUUGGCCACUCUCCAGAAUAACGCUGAGUUUACCUGCGCAAACAUCGCACUAGUCCUGAACUCCACCUGUCAGGAUGGCAGCUGUGGACUGAUAUGGGUUGGCCUCAAUCAACUGAACAGCCUUCGGUCGUAUCACUGGAUUGGUAAUCACAACAGUGGGCAGUCCGUAGCUGGAGGAGCUACAAGCGUGUGGGGACCGGGACAGCCGUCAAGUGACCAGGAGAGAUGCGUGGGUUGGCUACCGACUUUGAAACUGGCCGACCAGGAAUGCAGCCAUCCUAACGGAUACAUAUGCGAAAGGCCUCAGCAGACUUCAGCUAUUGCAGCCACUGUAAGUAGACUGUGCCAAGGCAAAACGUACACUUACCACAGCAUCGCAGGGUCGUACCAAGAUGCGCAGGCAUCUUGCCAGGCGAGCGGCAGAGCUCUGGUAGGUAACACGGAUCCAAUACAGUGUGUCCAGGAUCUCUUCAGCGACACCAGGCUUACAGAUGCCAGACUGCUGUCUUACUGGACAUCCUGCGGGACGAAUGGUGCCGCAUCGGAAUGCGCCACUACUCUUGACACGAGUGGAGUCGUUUGGACAGUUCUGCUGCAAGGAAAAUCCACAACCUCUGGCUCCCAUCCAAGGCCAUUCAUCUGUAGAGAUGCUGACCCUACUACGCCGACUAUUUCGGUGACAUCACAGCCUUCCACAACCAGUACAAAUCCAGCAACCACAGCGACGUCACCAGUCCAGGCUGUUACAACACCUAGAGAUACUGAUGAGAUCACAACGACUGCAGGAACAAGCAGGAUCCCAGUACGCACAACCCCACGUGUGACUGGCACUAUCUCAACCACCGCCCAACAUCCCACAUCAGUCGCCACUGCAACCAGCCCAGAUGACAUCUCCACGACAUCAGGAGAAGAGAAUUAUGUGUCAAACCCAGCUUCAUCACAAAACAUUCCUGGGUCUACCAAAAGCAAGACCACUCAGAACAUGCCAAACGAAACCAGUACAAGCGCCGUCACCACUGAAGUCACAAGACCUCAGACUGUACAGCAAGAGGAGGUUGCUGGGGACAGCACCACGGGAAUCGUGAUUGGUGCUGUGCUUGGAUGCGCAUUCCUCGUCUUGCUAGGUAUACUGCUUGUCUGUUUCCUGAGGCUGCGUGAGGGCCUGAUCAACUUUCCAAUGAGGAAUAAAUCUGCGUCAGUGAGUUCAAUCGAGAGCAAUCACGCCUUCAGGCCGGAUCCAUGCCGAGCACUCGUCCAUACUCCUAGCACCAAAAAGAUCAAAGCGACACCGGAGCCUGCUGGGCUGUACGAGAAUGUGAAACAAAAGAAACCAGAGUACGAGGAUGAAGAAGUGCAGUACGCCGUUAUAGAACCGAUCAAGGAUAGGAGUGAGGAUGCGAUACGUGGAAAGAAAGAGCCUCCCACUGACUACGCCGAACUGCAACACAACAUCGUGGAGUUGUGCAGAUCUGUAUCGAGAUGAAGUACCCCAAACUACCGUACUGGGAUCUGUCCCUCUCCUAUUGCGAAUGUGGUCUCACUGGUUCUGUUGUGAGCUUCUACCUGAGUGAAUAGAACAAGAGAAGUGCCACCUCGGUGCGCCUCAGGCGGGUGUGCAAAGUAGCGGUUGAAAACGGUCUUACCCCAGAACCUGUCUUGUUUCUAGGCUCUUGCCCAACAAUUGGCAAUGUUGCCAAAGAUUGUAUAUACAUGUACUGAGAACUAUUAUAAUUCCAUUAAAAUAGAAUAAAUCACAUGGAAACGAGUUAUAAUUUCUUUUUUAAUUUCAUGCUAGCAAAGAGUAUUAUAACGUUGAGCCAUUUCGUUGCAGCUGCCAGCAUAAUUAUGGACCGUAGUACCAUUUCAUGCCUUACUCACAGCACGAUAUUAUAGUAUUUUCGACUCCAUAGUACUUUAUUGUAGUGUCUGGUGCUCGAGGUCUCAUGAAACGAUACCUUUUCUGGGACAUGGAUGUACUUGACAUUUGCCAUAGCGUUACACCCAUAAUUUAAUUAUUACCUUGAAGUGCAAUCAUUGGAUUUGGAAACUACACGAUUCACACUGUAAUCUCCAGAAUGAACUGAUUCACGCUGUAG